AGUGUGAGUGGGAGAUGGACCUGUUAUCUAAAGAAGAAGCUACAACAUUUAUUGAAAAUGUCCUAGGACUCCUUGACAUCCAAACGAGAUUUAAUACAGACAGAUUGUUUUUUCUGAAUGACAUUAUUUAUGAAUAUCAUUGCAAAGUUCCAUUCCACAACUUGGAUCUGUUGGCACUACCAGUUUCUGAAAGGAGAAUACCGAAUUUGGCAGAAUUAAAAGAUAGAGGCCUUUCGGGCAGAGGCGGUCUUUGCUACCAAAAUAACACUUUUCUGUAUUUCGUCUUACGAACUUUAGGUUAUGACAUCACUUUGGCAAAAGGCCAAGUAGAAAUUCCAGGGGAUCACGUGCUGUUAGUAGCACAUGAUGUUGUGACGUCAGGCGACAGUUACCUUAUAGAUGCUGGCGGGGGAUACCCGACAUUGAUUGCAAUACCUUUAGAUUUUCAAGACGAAUCGCCAGUGUACACGUUUUCAUUCUGUACCUUCAAAUACGUCCGCAAGGAAGACAGAGAGUUUCAUCGAAUGCACAGUGGAUUAGAAAAAGAUUCAUACAAAGAGGAAAGCGGCCUUAAAAACAGCUGGCGGCACAACUAUAGUUUAAACACCGCUCCCUGCAUUCUGAAAGAUUUCGAGAGCUCGAUGGCCAGACCAUACACAAACCCAGCUUCAGUCUUUCUCAAUUCCUUCAGAGCUGUUCGUUUUCCGAAUGGGAAGCUUGUGGCUAUUAAGAACAACUCAAUACUGGAAGACAAAGACGACGCAGUUUUUGCAACUGAGGUGAAAGAUUCUGAAGCCCUAAAGAAUGCCUUGUCUGUCUUGUUCCCAAUGCUCAGCAGUCCAAAAGAGCUGAUGUCAUCUGCCGUUGAAAUGUUUGAAACAUUUAAAUGCUAUAAUUAA